CACUGCAUAAAAAAUUUAUUUUAGAUAUUCCCUUCACACGAUUUUUUUUAACCAAUCUAAAAUUUCUCUGAAUUGUUCUGAAAAAAAAAAUCGUCAACGAAAUUCUCAUCGAAAAGAAAGUUGUAAAUUUCUUUUCUCAAAUAUCAACUUAUUCUAAAAAUGCCGAAUAUAAUUUUACAAAGUACUGAAGGCGAAACUUUUGAAGUGGACGUUGAGGUAGUAAAAUGUUCUAUUACUAUAAAAAACAUGUUGGAAAAUUUAGGUGAGGAUGAUGAUGAAAAAGAAAUUGUUCCUUUGAUUAAUGUCAACUCGGCAAUAUUAAAAAAAAUUAUUCAAUGGGCAACUUAUCACAAGGAGAAUCCUAUUCCACUUGUUGACGAUGAUGAAAACACAGAGAAAGGAUCAGACAAUAUUAGUUCAUGGGACGCAGAAUUUCUAAAGCAGAUCGAUCAUGGAACUCUCUUCGAACUGAUUUUAGCGGCGAAUUUUUUAGAUAUCAAAGAAUUGCUUGACAUUGCCUGCAAAUCAGUUGCCAAUAUGAUUAAAGGCCGAACGCCAGAUGAAAUCCGCAAUGUUUUUGGAAUAAAAAACACUUUUUCACCUCCAGAGAAAGAACAAGUUUUCAAAGAAACUGAAUAAGUUCUACUGUAAUUAUCUAAAGAAUUAUUUAAAAAAAAAUUUAUUUUUUUAAAAAAAAGUCUCUAAAAUAUUUCGACAUUAAGAUAAAAUAUAUUUGUGUAGAAUUUAUUUAUUUUCAUAUUAAAUGUAAUAAUACUAAAGCUAUGAAUGUUCAAAAUGAAUUAAAAUAUUUUUCACUGUAA